GUGCAGAUGAGGACUCGCUCGAGCUUCACAUGGUGCGGCUGGAACUGGAGGAUGUGGAGAAGCAGAUCCGCGGCCUACUCGACAAGCAGGCCCAGCUGCUGGAGCGACAAACUGCGCUGGAAACAUCUUGUGCCUCUGCCCAUAUAUCCAAGGGACCGUGCACCUAGGACUUUCCCAGCCGUGGUCUCCGUCACGCCGGCGCCAACACACCUCGGGCCUUGGGUGAACCAGCGGCGGAAGGCGCGGGCUGGACCCUCUCCACCUCCGGUGUUCGAGAUUCCAACCAGGAACCGCUUCGCCCCUCUCCGCCAGACCAGACCCAACGCUGUGAUCGUCGGGGACUCCAUUGUGCGGAACGUCCGUGUAGCCUCAUCUAAAGGUAAGGUGCGCACACACUGUUUUUCUGGUGCUUGUGUCCUUGAUGUCGCUGCGCAGGUAUCCGGGAUCCUGAAGAAGGACGAGCGCAUUGGAGCGGUUGUGCUGCACGCGGGGACGAACGACACCAGGCUGCGGCAGACGGAGGUUCUGAAGAGGGACUUCUCCAGCCUGAUCGAGACGGUACGAGGCAGAUCACCCACCGCGAAGAUCAUCGUCUCUGGACCUCUUCCCACAUACAGACGUGGAGCAGAAAAGUUCAGUAGACUUCUAGCAUUAAAUGAUUGGUUAGUCUCUUGGUGUAAUGAGCAGAAUCUGGUGUUUGUCAAUAACUGGAAUCUGUUCUGGGAGCGUCCUAGGUUGUUUCGUCCUGAUGGCCUGCACCCCAGCAGCCUUGGAGCGGAACUGCUAUCAGACAACAUUUCCAAGGCGCUACACUCCAAGUGACUGCCUACCGUAAGUACAUCUUCCAAUAAUAACAACAUUCAGUAUAAUCAAUGUUCAAUUAAAAAUCCGGCACCGGUAGUACAUACUAUAGAGACUGUGUCUGUUCCCCGAGCUAUACAAAUAUAUAGAAAAUCUCGGAAAGUCUAUCU